AUGUCGAGCCAACCCGAACCAGGCCCCAGCUCGGGCCGACCAACCUCAUCCACCCCCAUCUCACGCCGUCGAUCCUCCAGUACCCGCACCAACCGUUCCCGCCCAAUCCGACCCCGAGCCACCUCCUCCAUCAGCCAACAUUCCGAUGCCAGUAUUCUCAGCAGCGGCUUGCAACAACUCUCCUGGACCACCGGCGAUUGUUUCGAUUACGUCGAUGACGAUGCCCGAAUCAGCGCUUUUCUCCAUUGUCCCAUCUGCCUCGAACCCUUCCUCGACCCCUAUGCAUCCGCCCUCUGCUCCCAUACAUUCUGCAAACAAUGCAUAACCACCGCUCUCACCGAUCACCUCGCUCAACCCACCCAAGAUGAUCCUUUGCUCGCUGCCGCGCCCAAACGCUGCCCUACAUGCCGCACACCAGUCGAACUAUCCGAUUUCCACCCAACCGCACUCCUCAUUAAAAACAUGGUCGAUACCCUUCGCGUCCGAUGUCCCAACAAAUCCAAAGGGUGCGAAUACGAAUGCGAACGACACUUGCUCCACAGCCACGUUUCUACCCAAUGCGCGUACGAGUAUGUCGAUCAGAACUUGACCGAAGGGAAAAGGUGUGGAUGUUCGGCCAAAGUCAUGCGUAAGGAUUGGGCUUCUCACGGUCAAGUCUGCCCGAAGCGGAAAACGCGUUGUCCGACUUGCGAUGUGGUGUUGUGUGCGGAUGAACUGGAGGAGCAUUGUGAGGCAUGUAUGCCCGAACCGGCUCAAUGCGAGUUUUGUGGGCUAGAGACGAUCAAGAGUAGACUCACGUCGCACGUGGCGGACGAAUGUGAGGAUGCGCCCGUGCUGUGUUCUCAUUCUGCCUUUGGGUGCCGGUGGAUCGGACCCCGACGCGCGCUUCAACGCAGAGAAGAUAGCAACGGGAAGAGCAGGGAGAGGACGCACUUGGAGGACGAAUGCAGAUUUGAGCCUAUCAAAGGGUUCUUUUCCCUUUUCAGCCAACAUGUUAACCAGCUCAAAGACCAAAACAUUGCACUCACAACAAGGCUGGAAGAGGUGGAGGCGAGACAACGCGGUCAAGCGCGCAGGUUGGAUGAUUGUGUGCAUAGUUUGGGAUCUUGGUAUAGAUCAGCUGGCCAGCUGAGAUCGAAUGAAAUGGAGCAGAGGGGAGUGAGGCGAUCGCAAGAAGGGGUGGAUGGAGAAUGGGAUGAGUUCCCGUUAGAUGUACAAAACUGGGAAAGAAGUUGGAGUCAACAGAGUUUCCCUGCGAGACAGGGGGCGAGAGCGUAUAGUGCUUCGGCGGUGCAUAGUGUGGAUUUGGCGGGCUGGGCUAGGAGACCGUAUGAUUUCUCCGCUGCCAGCGGGGAGUGGGAGGUGAUCAGCCCCACCGGGGCGUUGGCUUCACCUAUUCGCCCCAAUCCAGCAGUUAUGGUGGACGACAUCAACGUAGCCCCGACAUCAUCUCGCUAUCUAGCACCUCCUACCGCUCGGUCCAUGCCAACAACAUCCCCACUUGGCGUUGCUGCUCCCUCUCCUUCACGCGAACGACCACCUUACCUCGAUUCCACCCCUUCUUCCACCCGCCGCUCAGCAUCAACCACUCUCGACCCUACCACCUCCAACGCCACCACCUCUGCCACCUCUUCUGGCAGUUACGGCUUCCCACCCUCCAGUACUCAUCUCCGUCUCGACAUGGACGGAGAUCUAGACCGAUCCAACCUCGACUCUGCCAUCUCCUCCCUCACCGCAUCCAUGGCUGGGUUGAGCUCCGGUCUAAGCAGCUUAGACAAGCGCACGGAAGAAGGUCACAUCGCAGCGGUAAAAGCAGGUUUUGACGCGGGGAGGGUACAAGAAGAGGUGGCGAGUUUAAGACAUGGUCUGCACGCCGUGAGAAUGCAAAUCCAUCAGAUAUUGAUGACUCAACAGCGUCGUGCACUUUUCUCUUCUCCACAAAUGGGUGGGGUUGCAAGUGUUGCAGCAGCAGCAGCAGCAGCAGCGGGGGGUGGUGUGGGAGGAAACGAAGCAGGACCUUCUCAGGUCAGUGGUCUUGCUGGACCUUCGGUGGGGUUGGGAGGAACAUUGUCGGCGCUCUCUCCACCAUUGUUGAGGAGAUGGGCUGGUUUGGAACAUACGAAGCUCUAA